CUGCACUUCACAAUUUCUAGACGUUUCUCUCCCACAACCCAACCUGUGGACGGUCUCGCUUGAACCUCCCCACCCACUGUCCAGUACAACCAGCCAACCACCAAGGAUAAGGUCAAGAACAGGUUCCUAGCGCCGAGCGCACCCCUUGCACAUUUUGGCUCCACCAUGGCCCUCCACAACCCCAACAAUUGGCACUGGGUGAACAAAGACGUGCGACCUUGGACGCAAGACUACCUCUCGAAAGAGCUGGUGGGCAUCAAAGCGGCGAAGGGAGAUGGCACAACGGCGGAGAUCAGCAGGGUCAUGAGCAUGGAGGGUGAUGUGGAUGUGUCGCAGCGCAAAGGCAAAGUCAUUACCAUUUUCGACGUGCGGCUGCAGUUGGAGUUCACCGGGAAGGUGCCGGCGAAAAAGGAAGCUAAGAAGGAAGCGGAUGAUGAGGAGAAGGAGGAGGGUGACGGGUUGCAGGAGGUGUCGGGGAGCAUCACAAUUCCGGAGGUGGCACACGACACCGAGGAAGAUGAGUAUGUUUUUGAGGUAGAAGUCUACUCCUCCGAUCUGUCCAAAGAGCCUGUCAAAGAGCUGGUACGGCGAGAAAUCACACCACAGAUCCGGUCACGGCUGCAGAAACUCGCACCUACUCUGAUCGCCGAGCACGGCAAAGACAUACAACAUGCAUCUGGAUCCAAUCCAACGUCUGGCUUCUCUACCCCGCGGAUACUAGAGAGCUCGUCAGUGGCGAAAUCAAAGGACGAUGGCAAAUCCAAAACCUCCUCAAACCAAGGGACGAACGGACCAAGCAUCAACGUGACCAGUCUCUCAGACACACAGGAGUUCCGAACAACUGCUGAGCAGCUCUUCGAGACCUUCACCGACCCCCAACGCAUCGCAGCCUUCACCCGCGCCCCGCCCAAAGUUUUCGAAGGUGCAAAAGCAGGUGGCAAAUUCGAAAUCUUCGGCGGCAACGUCUCCGGCUCCUACGUUAAACUCGACUCCCCCACAUACAUCGAGCAGAAGUGGCGACUCGCGCAAUGGCCGGCGGGCCACUUCUCGACGCUCAAGAUCAAAUUCGAGCAGAACAAUGUGGACGCGGUGACGGUGAUGAACGUCAAGUGGGAGGGCGUGCCGGUUGGCCAGGAGGAGCCUACGAAGCGGAAUUGGGAUGAGUAUUACGUGCGCAGCAUCAAGACGACUUUUGGCUUUGGCACGAUUCUAUAGAAGCCUGCGAGAUGGUCGUUUUAGCAUGUAUAGGCUAGCAUUGGGCCCAGCCGCGUGAUCUCAACAGUCAAUUGUCUACCAUUUCUAUUAUUUUAUUACAUUUCUUCGCCAGAGAGCGCAGCAUACUGCAAGGCUUGGGCGACGCCGAAGCACAGACCACCUCCGCAACUUCAUCUACUCGCCAGAGCGAGAAUGCUGAACA